AUGAAAGAGAACGAUGCGAUAGCUCUCAUAGUGAUUCUCCUCGUAUUCGCAUUAAUACUCGUUGCAUUUUUUAUAUUUAGACUUUCGAGGAGAACAGUUUUUUAUAGUGAUUAUUCUUCGAGUUCAGUGUCGGAAUCGGAAUCGAAUUCCACAAGUUCACCACGACCUCCUCUGCCGCCACCGGGGAUAGGAAGACCGGUUAUUGGUGGAGCAGGAAGAGGUAGACCUGUUGUGGGAGUGGGAGGAGCGGGAAGACCUGUUGUUGGGGGUCCUGGACCUCCACCAGGGGUUGGGCCAGGAAGACCAGUAGUGGGAGGGAGCAUGGGAGGGAGCAUGGGAGGGAGCAUGGGAGGAUGGUUUGGUGGGGGAAGACCGGUUGCUGGAGCUGGAGGAGGUGGAAGACCUGUUGUUGGGGACGAUUGA